UUCUCCAGGCGAACAACUUCCAAUUCACGGCAACGGCGACUUUUGUAUCUCUCCCUCCUCUUCAAAGAUGUCGACAUCUUCUCCUUCUCUUCCCUUCUCUGUCCGCACAUACACAUAAACAUAUCCUCAAAACAUAUUCCCAAUUAUUCUCCAUUACAUUCCAUGUCUGUAUUCCUCGAUCGGUCAUGCCUAAAUGAAGAACAAGUCUUCGUCAAUCGUCAUCCGUUUUGUCUGCUUCUUACAAUCGCGAUUAAUGUUUCUCGUUUUUCCUGACUAGGAAGGAAGGAAGGAGGAAUAAAUAAAACAAUUGUUAUUGCCUCCUGCUGCUGCUGCUCAUGUCCUUUAUGGAGGAAUUUUCGCCGCUGAUUUGGUCUGGAGAAUUUGGUGAUAGAAUUCGUGAUUAUUCAGGAUCGUUUCUCGGGGGCGUCGCAAAAUCAAUGUCGAACGAAGCCUGUAGUUCCAUCGACAGAGAGAACGAACGAUGCCGCGACGACUCCGCCUCGCUCGUCCUCAAAUUGAUCGCAAUCGCCGCGAUCCUCGCCACGGGCGCGUCGGGAGUGACGAUCCCUCUAUUCGGCAAGAAACGCUGGUCCGGGACCAACCUAUUCGCCGCGGCCCGAGCCUUUGCAGCGGGGGUCAUCCUCGCCACCGGGUUUGUCCACAUGUUGCCAGAUGGCGCAUCGGCAUUGGCCAGCCCUUGUCUGCCGAAAGUUCCGUGGACCAAGUUUCCGUUUUCCGGAUUCGUCGCGAUGACGGCCGCUCUCGCCACAUUACUCGCCGAUUUUGUCGGGACACAAUACUACGCGGGAAAACAUGCGAUAGUACAAGGGGAAGUUGUUAAGGUUGAUUCAUUUGACGGAGUGUCCGUAUCGGGCAUUGUCCCCGUAGAGAAGAGAGUGUGCGAGAAAAAAGUAUUUGAUGAUGACGGCGAUCUUGCCUUGCGUAUUGUGGAAGAAUCGGGAGGGCCGGAGGAUUCGCGCGGCCAUUGUCGUGGGAGUCGAAGCGUCGGGGGAGACGCAAGAAACGUCGUCGUAUCCCAGGUUCUUGAACUCGGGAUAGUUUCGCACUCGGUGAUCAUCGGGCUAUCCCUCGGCGUGUCACAAAGCCCGUGCACGAUUCGACCGCUCAUCGGGGCGUUGUCCUUCCACCAAUUCUUCGAGGGGUUCGCGCUCGGCGGGUGCAUCUCGGAGGCCAAGUUCGGGACCCUCCGAUCGACGGCGAUGGCGUGCUUUUUCGCGGCGACGACCCCCCUGGGGAUCGGCGUCGGGAUAGGGAUUUGCUCGUCGUACGACCCGAGCAGCCCCCGGGGGCUGAUAAUCGAGGGGGUGCUGGACUCAAUAUCGGCGGGGAUUCUGGUGUACAUGGCCCUCGUGGAUCUGAUUGCAGCCGAGUUCUUGAGCAAGAAGAUGAGCUGCAACGUGAGGCUCCAGCUAGUGUCGUUUUUGGCUUUGUUCUUAGGAGCUGCAUUGAUGUCUUCUCUAGCAGCUUGGGCAUGAUUAUACACUUCUUCUGUUCCAUAACAAACUAUUCAUUUUUUUUUUUUCAUUUUAGUCUGUCGUAUAAAAAGUAUUCAUUUUUUUUUUUUUAGUAAUUGUACUGUCUACCUAACAUUAUAAAUACCCUUAU